CGUCCCUAUAUUCCUAUGUCCAUGCUUGAGCCCUGAGCGAGUCAUUUCUUCUAUAACAACCGUAGAAAAUGGCUGCUUGAAGUACUUCGUCAAGAUGUAUGUUACAAAUAUGUAUUCGUUUGCGCUUAAAAGUUGUGACGCAAUUGCGACAGUGUUUGUUCAAGAAAGUGCUAAAGACGUUACCACAAAAGACAUAUUUUCGAGGUGUGAGUACAAGUGUUUACGAAAUUGUAUUCACAAGCACGGGUGCAACUAUUGUAGAUUUCCAUAUAAAUGUUUUAGAACAGAAAGAAGUUGCAACAAUAUACUUUGAGCAUAUUGUCUUUUGGUGUGUACUCACCAACUUACACAGGAGGAAAAAGAUUUCUUGAUAAUAUGCGACAAGUACGCAACACUCUUGAAGCUAAUUAUUCCACAUUUACAUUUGAUUCAAUCAUGAUGAGACAUGAAAAAGUUUGGUCUUAUUUGGCUGAUUGUCACAGUGAGGAUGAAAUAAAUCAAGAUAGUGAAGAAAUAACUAUGGAAAAUUUUAUUUUCAUAGGUUCUAAUGUUAUGUAUAAAAAUAGUAAUACAAAAGAAUCUCAUUCUGCAUUGUGUUAUCAAGCAGAAAAGUCAAAUGAUGACAUGACUAAAUGCUCUUGUCUUCUCUCUGAGAUUGAUUUACAAAGACAUAUGGGUACAGAGAAUAGAAACAUAACGAAUAUAAUAGAUGUGAAGAAAGAUUGUUCCGUUUUUGAUAAUAUUCAAGACGCAUCAAUUGUAUCUUAUCAUAUAGGUCAUCCGAAUGUGGCAUCAAAAUCCACAGAUUUUAUAGAGGAGGAAGAUUCAAUACAAACAUUCAAUACAAAUAUUUUUUCUGACAUGUGCCAAAAAUCUUGGAACAAUUUGUCCAAUCAAAGUAAUUGCAGAAAAGAAACUGUAGAUUCAGAAAUACCCAGAAAACGCUCAAAACAACGUAGAAAAGUCAUUGCGAUUGGUAGAGGUCGAGGUAGAGCAAGAUCUCAGCUUAGACGGUCUGGAGUGAGUCAAACCAGGCAUAGAAGAAAACAUAGAAAUCACGAAUUUGCUAUAAAAAAUGACCAUGUUGACCAAGAGUUUAGUAAUUCAGAUGACUAUGAUGUGAAUGUUGUUCCGCUUAUUCAAGCAACUAAUUCUGUAACAUCUGAUUCGUCAAGCAUAUCGACGAUAAUAUCUAUGAAACAAACACAACGCCAGAAGAAAAAAAUUUCUUCCGAUAUGUUGGAAAAAUUAGAUAGUUCCAUUGAUUCCGAAGAUAGCUUUUGUAUAGUUUUCACAUCCAAACCGGAAGAGGAUCUGGACGAGACUGAUAAUACGUACCAAAAGAAAUCACUAUCACAAAACAAAGAAACAUUGAAGAAUUCCAUCGUUUUUGAAGACAAUAUUUGUAUAGCGUACGCACCUGAAUUAAAUGAAAAUGAAAACGACCAAAAUGAUGAAUAUGAUAAAAGUGAAACACAAAAGAAAAAAGUGAGAUUUGAUCCUACUCCAGUUGUGCACAUUAUGGUAAAAUGGAAUUAUGCAUAUCGAGCAGCACGGAAAGGCCCGUGGGAAGAAAUGGCUCGAGAUAACGAAAGAUUCAAAGGACGUAUAAAUUCAAUUGGAGCCGUUCUUAAUCCAAUUUUAACAAGCAAACAUCGAUCUGAAAUUUGGCAGGAACGAUUUGCUUCUUAAGAAUAAUGUACUUGUUCUUUUAACAGCAUAUAGUAAGGUAAAAUGAAAGAAGAGAAAAUGAGACGCGGAAAGAUUUUGUAUCAUGUAUCAUACUAAAUAUUUUCUAUGUAAAUACCACAAAAAAUGGCUGUGAACAUUAGUGUAAAAAAGUUAUUUCCGUUACGUCUGAUUUCUGUAUAUGUUACAUGAUGGGUCUGAUAUGUUCUCUCAGUUUGUUUUUUUAAUCAGUGACUAAUCAGUAUUUGAUUUUAAUCUCCUUUUUAUCAGAAAGAAGCAAACUCUUUAAUCUCGUUUUUUUUAGUUUGAGUCAAUAUUUGUAUGUGUAACUUACAGCAAAAUUAACUUUUUGCAUCAAUGUAAUAAGAAGCCAUCUUAUUCUUUGUGGAAUAAUUUGUUUUUUAAAUACUGUAUACUAAAAAAAAUAAAUACUUCUUUAUAUGAGAAUUUUAAUAUAUGAUUUGAAGCUUUUUACAAUUAUAAGUGUGACAGUGACACUAUAUAAGUAUAUCCACGUAAAAUAUAUAGAAAUAUAUUUGACACUAAAUUGUAAUUAAAAAAAUUUUAAUGAAAGUUUGAAUCGUACAAAAGAUUACAUAAAAGUUACUUAUUUUUUUCGUAAUACUAAAGUUGGUGCAACUUUACAUUUUCCAAAAUUACAAAUUUAAUUAAGGAAGUAUAUUUACAUUAUUGGUCAUUAUAUAAUAU